ACAUUGACAUUUGAGAUAUUGUAUAUUUACAUGGUUUUUAUUUACUAACACUAAUAAAAUGUGUUUUAAAUUGUAAUAUUUCUGUCAAUUUUAUAACGGUGUACUGUAUGAUUCAUUAGUUUAUUACUAAGCACAUUCAUGUAGUCAUUUCUGAUAAAUACUUAUCUCACUGAUCGUUCUCUGAUAAUCCAUUUUCUACCUGGCUCUGCCUGAUGUCAACGUUUUUACUGACUUUCCUCUUUUUAAUAUUUUCAACAAACCAAAUAAGUCCCGCAAAUAUGGAUUCCGCCGCUGUAUCUUCGGCUAUUGCCAAGUUCUCCUUGCAGUUCUGCAAUGAGCUGGAUAAAACCAAGAGUGUGGUGUCUUCCCCCCUGUCGGCUGAAAUCCUUUUGGCACUUCUGUCUCUUGGAUCCUCUGAACCAGCCCUUCCGGAGCUUCUGGGAGCCAUCGGCAUUAAAGAUACUGACACAAUCCGCUCAUCAUUUUCACAAGUUGCAUCCAGACUGAAAUCCGUGAAAGGAGUCACUUUGGAUGUAGCCAACCGGGUGUUUUUAAAACAGGGCCAUGAACUGGAUGCCAAGCUUAAAGAUGAUGCGGUCAAAGUUUUUGAUGCCGCACUUGAACCCAUGGAUUUCUCUGAUGGUGCUGCUGCAGCAAAAGUUAUUAAUGAUUGGGUGGAGAGCAAAACUAACAAUAAAAUCAAGGAUCUCAUAUCAAAAGACUCUCUCAAUGCCAUGACACGACUUGUACUUGUUAAUGCUAUCUACUUCAAGGGAAAUUGGAAGCAUCAGUUCAAGGCACAUAAUACCAUGGACAAACCUUUCUACGUGAAGAAGGACACUACUGUGGAUGUUCCUAUGAUGUACAUGGAAGAGAAAUUUAGAUAUGGUGAAAGUGAAAAAUUAAAUGCACAGUUGCUGGAGAUGCCUUAUGAAGGCGAAGAGGCGAGCAUGUUGAUCGUGCUGCCCAAGGACGUCGAGGGUCUCGACGCGGUCCUCAAGCAACUGGCCACGGAAGUCGACCUCGUCCAGGAGAUGCAGAGCAUGAUCUCCACCAAAGUGCAGGUCACCAUUCCCAAGUUCAAGAUCGAGACUGAAAUCGACCUCAAGGAACUAUUGCCUAAGCUAGGCAUCAAGGCUAUCUUCAACGAAGAGAACUCCGGUCUAACCAAGAUUUUGGACGGCAGCGAGCCCUUAUACGUAUCCAAGGCGAUACAAAAGGCCUUUAUCGAAGUUAAUGAGGAGGGCGCGGAGGCGGCCGCCGCCACCGGCAUGGUCCUUAUGGCGCGGUGCGGCUUCGUGAUGAACUUCUCCUUCGUGGCCGACCGGCCUUUCCUGUACGUGCUGGCGGGCAGCGACAAGGCUCCGCUCUUCGUCGGACUCUACAGAGGAAACAAAUAAGCUGUAUACCUAACUUGCGUUGCUCUUAGAGCCACUCUGUUUAUUAAUCAUUAAUUCUUCACCCUAAUAACAUCACGUAUUAACAUACUGAUUAACAGUUACGCAAUUACGCACAGCACAUCUUAAUUUUAUUAGUAAUUUGUGGCUUGUGAUAAAUGUUGGAUUUUAUUAUUAUAGAACAUAGGUACAUAAAUAGAUCAUUUUAGAUAUUUCGUAAAUCAUGCUUAGGGUACAAUUAUACCCAAAAUGCUAUUAAAUACAUUUUGAUUUGCAUAAUGUCUACAAUAACUUUAUCCGUCCUGGUAAAUAUUAGAAUAAGCCUAUUUGUAUCAGAAUUUAUAAACUUACUAGCUUUUGCCCGCGGCUUCGCACGCGUUAGAAAGAGACAAAAAGUAGCCUAUGUCACUCUCCAUCCCUUCAACUAUCUCCACUUAAAAAAUCACGUCAAUUCGUCGCCCCGUUUGGCCGUGAAAGACGGACAAACAAACAGACACACACACUUUCCCAUUUGUAAUAUUAGUAUGGAUAUUUCUUAUCUUAUGAUUCGAAUUUUUACAAUUUAUUUCAUUGUAUUAAUAGAAGCUGAAAUCAUGCCAUUUACAGUUAAAAUUAUGAAUUUAGUUUGAUCAAAAAGUAUUAAUUUUAUAUUGUCGGGUUCGUUGUUAUACCUAUUUGAUUCAUCCUAGUGAUAAAAUGAAUAUUUAUUAGAAAAAAAACUAUACACUUAUAUCUAUCUACCUCCAUACUUUUGGUAAACCUACGCUCGCACCAAUUUACCGGGUCUACGACCAUAUAUUACGUAACGCAUUAAAAUGGAAACCGCAUUUAAAAUAAGCAGAGUAUUCUAUUAAAAUUCAUAAUACAUAUGUAUAUGUAUGGAAUGUUGUUGUAUUAUGUAGAUAGUCUAUAAAAACGAUUUAACUUAACCACUA